CAGAGACGCUAAGCCUUGUGGGAUAUUACUGAAUGUGAACUCAGCAACCGUAAUUCCAGAACAGUCCCACUGUUGUAAUAGUGUGAUGUGUAUCUUCUGACAGACUCUAUGCUGAGUAAAGUCAUGUUUUUAUCCUAAAACGUUUUUCUACCAGAACCAAAGUGUGGAUGCAGUCACUAUUUAGAGCAGUCUAAUCUCAUUAACCCAGAACUAUAAUCUCAUUAACCCAGAACUAUAAUCUCAUUAACCCAGAACUAUAAUCUCAUUAACCCAGAACUAUAAUCUCAUUAACCCAGAACUAUAAUCUCAUUAACCCAGAACUAUAAUGUCAUUAACCCAGAACUAUAAUCUCAUUAACCCAGAACUAUAAUCUGUGUGAUUAAAUUCUGGGUCCAUACGUGUUAGAAACUACAGUAGGUGAGUCACAUGUUAUUUGUUACAUCAGUUUCCAUGGAAACAUACAGAGGAGUUUAUGCAAAUCAACCCUUUCUGUCUUGACACAUGAAGGAGGAGUCUCUGAAAACCUAUUUAAAGCAGUCUGUCCUGACUCAGCUCAACAGUCUCCAGUCUACCAACUGGUCUCUGUAACUUCAUCUUUGUCUCUGUGGUGUACAGUCUUCAGGUGAUGAUGGGGGUAUUGAAUCAUCUCUCUACUCUCCUCCUCCUCUCUCUCCUUCCUCCUGCUCUCUCUCAUGUAGUGGAUAAGUUCAGUGAUGUUCCACAGUGCAAGACGUUCUUCCUGAAGGAGACAACUCCAAAUCUCCCAGGUAUUUUGGUUGGUGGGACAGUCCAGGACCAGAACCGCUACAAGCCGAUUUGCCAGAAGUACAAGAACAACUACAGGUUUGCAACUCUCUACGACACGACCAACAAGAUCCCUGUGUUCUCAGCCUACACCUUCUCUGGUCCUCCUACAGACCCCAGACCAAAAUAUCAACCCUGGAUGAUCGAGCCCCAGCUUGAAGAUGUAGAAGAUGUAGAAGAGAUGAAAACCCAACGUGAGGUGCUUAAUAAUAACAAAAGAGCCAACCAUCAGGCUGUGGACGCAGACUACGAUGCAACAAUAAGUAGCAUGGAUCUGGACAGAGGUCACCUGUUCCCAUGUAACGCCGCACCUGAUGAUGCUACCAUGAGGUCCACUUUCACCCUGACAAACGCCGUUCCCCAGGAAAGAGGCUUUAACCGAGGCAGAUGGUGUAAAAUGGAGGGCAGAGUCAGAGAAGCUCUUGUGAAUAACUGUAAGAAUAACAACAACAAGAUAGAAGCCUAUGUGGUGACUGGAGCAGUGCCCAGCAACAACAACAACAACAAACUGAACCAACGAUUGAACAUCCCAGAUCUCAUGUGGACAGCCUUCUGCUGUUACAACAAGGACAAAAAGUGGACGGUCGGAGCAUACUGGGGGGAGAACAAAAACGACAAUGGGAAAAUAUUGAACCUGGAAACCUUGGGAGAACUCGAAGCCAAGUUGAAGCAAAGCUACAAUGGUGGUGAUGUCAAGGUGUUUCACGAUAACUGUCCAAGAAACGUUAAAGUACAACAGGUUAACACGACAGGGAAAAAGAGGACCAGGGAAGGGAUGGCGAUAGCAUCAGGGAAGGAUUGUGAUGCCGAGGAUGGAUGUGAUUGUGACUGUGAUGAAAAGUAAUGAGUUUUGUCCAGUGGUAAUUCCCACAACUAUUCAGUACACAUUCCCUACGUUACAAGGGUUAUAAUGGUUAAGUUAUAAGGGUUAUAAGGGUUAAGUUAUAAUGGCUAUAAGGGUUUAAUGGUUAUAAGGGUUAUAAGGGUUUCAUGGUUAUAAGGGUUAUAAGGGUUAAGUUACAAGGGUUAUAAUGGUUUAAUGGCUAUAAGGGUUAAAGUGGUUAUAGUGGUUAUAUUGG